UAUUAUCGAGUGAUUAAUACCCUUUGCUUUUCUUUUGCCUCCUACUCUCCCCCUCCAACUGGACUCUUUCAAACGGGCCAAUAAUAUCUCAUUUCACAAUACACAACAUGUCUUCACCAGCAUUGGUACCAACAACCGUUGAGGAGGGAGCCGUUCUCCCUCAGACUCAAAGACCAUCUCUCCUUCACGGCCCAACAGAUCCUCCUCUGGUCGACCUCACACUGGGAGAGUUGCUCAACCUCCAAUGUCUGCACCACGGCACACAGGAAGCCCUCGUUUAUCCAUGGACAGGCGCAAGAUGGACGUACAACGAGCUCAACCACCAAAGUCAGCUUAUGGCACGCGCUUUGCUGGGAUUGGGGAUUCGUGUGGGUGAUAGGGUGGGCAUUAUGGCUGGAAACUGCGAGCAGUACGCUUCCCUCUUCUUUGCUGCCACGAGGAUAGGCGCCAUCCUCGUCAUUCUCAACAACACUUAUACCCCUACCGAAGCUCAGUAUGCUUUGGAGUUCUCAGACUGCAAGGUUCUCUUCACCACCAAGAAGAUCGGUCGCCUCGACCAAGGGCCCCUGCUCGCCGAGCUCAAGAUGAAGUCCAAGGCUCCCAAGGUGGUAAUCAUUAGGGGAGAUAGCGAGGGUUACCAGACCUAUGAUCAGUUGCUUUCGAAGGGGUUCAAGGUCAGCGUAGAACGUCUACAUCACAUGGAGAGGAAGGUCCUCCCUCACCUGGUCUGCAACCUCCAGUUCACCAGUGGUACGACUGGCCUGCCCAAGGCGGCCAUGCUCACGCAUCACAACAUUGUCAACAACUCGCGCUUCAUCGGUGACCGCAUGAAGCUUGGCCCCGACGACGUUCUGUGCUGCCCCCCACCUCUUUUCCACUGCUUCGGUCUUGUCCUUGGCCUCAUGGCCGUCAUGACUCACGGCGGCAAGAUUGUCUACCCAGCCGAAGUGUUUGACGCCCCCGCUACCCUCAAAGCCAUCAUCGACGAACGUUGCACCGCCGUCCAUGGUGUCCCCGCCAUGUUCGACAGCAUCCUCGCCCUCCCCGAAGCCAAGGAUCUCAAGGCUGCCGAUUUGCGUCUAAGGACAGGUAUCAUCGCCGGUGCCCCCGUACCGCGCUACCUGAUGGAAUUGCUCGUUUCGAAGCUCGGUAUGACCGAAUUUACGUCAAGUUAUGGACUGACUGAAGCGUCUCCGACCUGCUUCAACGCGCAUACCGAUGACCCGAUUGACGUACGGUUGACCACUGUCGGCACCCUGAUGCCCCAUGCCCACGCCAAGAUCGUAGAUAGGGAUGGUCAGAUCGUGCCUAUUGGCACCAAGGGAGAACUUUGCAUUGGUGGCUACCAGCUGCAAGCGGGAUACUGGAACAACUCGGAGAAGACGAACGAGGUGAUGAUGAGGGAUGAGUCCGGCAUGUUGUGGUUGCACACCGGUGACGAGGCCGUCUUUAACGAGCAGGGAUACUGCUCCAUUACCGGACGGUUCAAGGAUAUCAUCAUCAGAGGUGGCGAAAACAUCUACCCCCUCGAGAUCGAGGAGCGUCUCGUAGCUCACCCGGCCGUCUCCAUGGCCGUUGUCGUUGGUCUCAAGGACCAGCACUAUGGCGAAGUCGUCGGUGCCUUCCUCGGACUCGAGAAUGGCCAUCAGCCAAUGAGCACGGAGGAGGUGCGCGAGUGGUGCAGGCGGAAGCUGGGCAAGCACAAGGCUCCCACGCACGUCUUCUAUCUCGGCUUGGAUGGCGUACCUAGCACGGUUCCACUGACGGGAAGCGGAAAGGUGCGCAAGUUCGAGAUGGCGCAGUUGGGUAAUAAGCUGCUGGAGGAGAGACGCAAGACUUCCAAGCUCUGACGGGAGGAAAAGGACGAAAAGAAAAGUGCGUUUUGUUAAUUUCUUGGGUAUGCGCGAGUA